AUGGUGAAGGAACGAGAGCCUCCGCAGACCUCCCAGCCUCCAACAGGGAAGAAUGACAAAUCCCAGAAUAGACAAUCCUCACAACCAGGAUUUGGGCAACCAGCUUCUCUAGGCCCAUUGCAUCAGAGCAAGGGCAACCCGUUCAUCAUUCCAAAGGCCAACAAACCACGCCCAGAACAUCAUCAACCGCCAACCGCUGCUCUAAAGAAUGGAAGCAGUGCGUCUUUCCUGGGUCAGGAAUAUACAGGGUUCGACCCCUUGCAACCUGUAAAGCCAUCCGGCUAUAACAAUUUUAGACCGGGGCUAUUAGACAACGACAGCGCAUACAAGAUAGUUAGGCCGUCAAAUAUCAACAGAACGACGCAGCCGGCUCCCAUCCCAUUAUUCGCUUCUCAAACAAAGCCAAAGAUGUCAAAAGCCUCAAGCAACCUGCAGAAUUUCAUCGACCUUACUGGCACAGCAAUAAACGGCCAACAUCAUGAAGAAGAAUUUUUGGGCACUAUGGACACGUAUAGCUAUGUUGAUGCAGCGAAGGCAACGGAGAAUAUCAAGGCUUUGUUGGAGGGCGCUUUUGAGGAUGAUGAUGAUAAACCUCGGACGAGACAGCGUCGAAAGAAAAUAGAGGACGAGGUCAAUGAGUUGGCUAGCAAGCUUCAGAAAGUUGAUGUUGGUGGGGACGCUGGAGAUGAGGAGGAAGAAGAGGAGGAGGAGGAAGAAGAUGAUGGCACCGUUGAGGGAUUGAAGAUCAAACUCCUUCCUCAUCAACGGGAAGGCGUUGAAUGGAUGAGAGACAAGGAGUCUGGGGUGAAAAAGACACGAGGUGUUAUUCCUAAAGGUGGAAUUCUGGCUGACGAUAUGGGCCUGGGCAAAACUAUUCAGACAAUUGCACUGAUGCUUACGAACCCCCGUCACACAAAAGAAAAGGAAACGGCUGCUGAGGACAAAGGAAAAAAGCAAAAGGAUAUACCGCCUGAAGUUGGGAAAGGGACUCUUGUGGUUGCACCUCUUGCUCUCAUUAAACAAUGGGAAUCUGAAAUCGGAAGCAAGGUUGAAGCUUCGCACCGGCUGCGUGUCUGCAUAUACCAUGGAACACAGCGAACCAAACAUGCAGAUACCCUAUCUCAAUUCGAUGUUGUGAUUACUACUUAUGGCACCCUUAGUUCUGAGCAUGCAGCCUCCGAAAAGAAACCCACAGGAUGUUUCGCCAACCAUUGGUACAGAAUCAUUCUUGAUGAAGCCCACACCAUCAAAAAUCGCAAUGCUAAAGCAACCCAGGCUGCCUGCGCACUGAAGUCUGAAUAUAGGUGGUGUCUCACUGGUACGCCGAUGCAGAAUAAUCUCGAUGAGCUACAGAGCUUGAUCAAUUUCCUUCGCAUAAAACCAUACAACGAUCUAGCUGCAUGGCGGGAACAGAUUACCAAACCACUAAACAAUGGGAGGGGCGGCUUAGCUAUCCGAAGAUUACAAGUCUACCUUAAAGCCUUUAUGAAGCGUCGAACGAAAGAUGUCUUGAAGUUGGAUGGUGCAUUGGGUCAGGGGAACGCUGGUAACAAAGGAGAAAACAAGGAAUCGUCACCCGGAUUUAGAAUCACCAAUCGCGAGGUGCUGAAAAUCGAAGCGGAUUUUACCCCUGCGGAACGAGCGUUUUACAAACGUCUAGAACAGCGGACUGAUAAGACCCUGGAACGAAUGAUUGGCGAUGACAAUAUAAACUAUGCAAGUGCCCUGGUUCUCCUGCUUCGUCUCCGCCAGGCUUGCAACCAUCCCGAUCUUGUGAAGAGUGACCUUGCUCAGGACAAAGAUGUAUUGAUGAAUAAUUUUGGAGGCAACAGCCAGCCUAAAACACCUAAAGGGGAGGAAGAUGUCGAUAACAUCGCUAGCCUUAUGGGUGGGCUAAGCGUUGUGACUAAACUAUGUGACGUUUGCCAGGCAGAGCUGAGUUCUAAGGAAGCUAUUAGUGAUGCUAGCAGAUGCGCGGAAUGCGAGGCUGACCUACAGACGCAAGUCGUUAGCCCCCGCAAGAAAGGCGAUAAGAAAGCGAAGAAAAGGACGAAGGAUGAAAAGCGAAAAGCGAAAAGGAAACAAGAAAAAUCCACGUAUCAAAAUUCAUCCACUGGUAUUUCCGACGCCCGUCGAGCUCGAUUGCAGAAACAGCGGCUUAUUGUCGAUAGCGACGAUGAGGAUGAUGACGGAGAAUGGCUUGUUCCAGCUCAUCAACGAGUUGAAAAUCUUGGGGAGGCUGGUGGGACUGAUGACGAAGACGCUGAAGGUGGCGGAGAUUGGCUAGGUUCUGACGAUUCCGAAACUGACGAAGAUGAGGGCGAUGGGACCAGGAAGCGGUCAGGCAAGGCAACAGAAGUUAUCAACCUCGAUUCCGACGAGGAUGAGGACAAGACUGAUGACGAUGAAGGUGAUGAUGAUCCAGAAACUCCAGAGCAUCUUGCUUCGACAAAGAUUAGAUAUCUUAUGAAGAUCCUAAAAGCAGAGUCUGGCGACUACAAAUUCAUCGUUUUCUCUUUCUUCACCUCCAUGCUAAACAAAAUCGAACCUUUCUUGAAGGAUUCACAUAUUGGUUAUGUACGCUAUGAUGGUGCGAUGAGAAACGACUUGCGAGAAAUCAGUCUUGAUAAACUACGCAAUUCUCCGAAGACUAGGGUCCUUCUCUGCAGUUUACGUGCUGGUUCCCUCGGAUUGAAUCUAACCGCUGCGAGCAGAGUUGUCAUUUUGGAACCAUUCUGGAAUCCGGUAUGGCAUUCCUCCGCAUCCUCUCAAACUAUUUUCUAUUCGAAAUUUCAAAGUCAAAAAUCCGAGCUAACAUGUAAUCAAACGCCACAGUUCGUCGAAGAACAAGCCAUUGACCGUGUCCAUCGCCUUAACCAAACCGUCGACGUGAAGAUAUACAAACUGACAAUAAAGAACACCGUAGAAGAGCGUAUCGUCGACCUUCAAGAGCGCAAACGCGAACUCGCCAACGCUACGAUUGAGGGCAAAGCCUCCGCGGCCAAACUCACCAUGAAGGACAUGAUGGCACUCUUCAGUCAUGAAGCUAGCAUGAUAUACAAUGGCGAUGAGGAUAAGCUGGAUCUUACGGGAAGGACGAGAUUGCUGGAUUCGAGAGAUGACGACGACCGGCAGGAUUAUGGUAUGUCCACAUCUCAGCAAGGUCGAAGAGCGACGCCACCGGUUAUGCAGAGUAAGAUUGGGAGUCGGCGGCCCACGCCUGAGAGCUCUGUUUAUGGACGGAGGUGGUGA